GGGGCCCUAAGGUGGGGCAGAGGGAGGGACAGACACCUUCCUGCUCCCCACCCCUUGGUUUUGGUUUCCAUUCUGCCAUUUCUCACAUGCCUCAGCUCUCACUUCUCCUUUUCCUUUCGUCGAUCCCUCAGCCAGCUCAUUUUCCAGCUCCUGCCGCACGGCUCGGACUGGAGAGGGCUCAGCCAUGGGCCGGGGGCUCUGGGGGGUCCCGCUCGCCUGGGCACUGCUGGCGUGGGUGGCAGGGGCUGAGCAGAGCCGGGAACUCUCGUCCCCUUCAGGGUUUGGGGUGUGCAGCAAGACCUUGAAGCUCUCAAGUCUGGAAGUUCUGCCGGGGGGCGGCUGGGAUAACCUCAGGAAUUUGGAUAUGGGCAGAGUCAUCAACCUGGGCUACUCGCAGUGCAAGACCACCGAAGACGGAUCUUACCUCAUCCCGGACGAGAUCUUCACUAUCCCCCGCAAGCAGAGCAACCUGGACAUCAACUCGGAGAUCAUCGAGUCCUGGAAGGAUUACCAGAGCAUCACCUCUGCCUCCAUCAACCUGGAGAUGUCCCUCUUCUCCGCCAUCAACGGCAAAUUCUCCGACGACUUCCACCGCACCAAGACCCAGCAGGUGAGAGACCGGGCCGUCACCACCCGGGUGCAGGUCAGGAACUUGGUUUACACUGCCAAGAUCGACCCCGAGGCCGCCCUGGACAAGGGCUUCAAGAAGCAGCUGCUGACCAUCGCCAGCCACCUGGAGAACAACCAGACCAGGAUGGCCGAUUUUCUGGCCGAGCUGCUGGUGCUCAACUACGGCACCCACACCGUCACCUCCGUGGACGCGGGAGCCACCUUGGUGCAGGAGGACCAGAUCAAGGCCACUUUCCUGAAGGACAGCUGGGCCACGCGCAGCGCCGUCACCGCCUCGGCCGGCGUGGCCUUCCACAGCAUCGUCAGCCUGGGAACCAAGGAAUCCCUGGACGCCAGCUCCGGCUUCGCCAAGCAGUACCUGGAGAACCGCACCAACUCCAGGGUGGAGAGCAUCGGCGGGACCCCCUUUUACCCAGGCAUCACCCUGAAGACGUGGCAGGAGAGGAUUCAAAACCAGCUGGUGGCCCUGGACCGCUCGGGGCUGCCCCUGUACCACUUCAUCACGCCGAGCGCGGUGCCGGAGCUGCCGGCGCCCACGGUGCGAAGGCUGGCGCGGCGCGUGGAGCUCGCCGUGCGCCGCUACUACGCCUUCAACACCGCCCCGGGCUGCACCGACGCCUCCUCGCCCAACUUCAACUUCCACGCCAACACCGACGACGGCUCCUGCCAGGGCACCGGCGCCAACUUCACCUUCGGGGGAGUCUUCCAGGAGUGCGUGGGCCUGGGCGGGCCCGACACCGGCGCGCUGUGCCGGGCGCUGGAGCAGAGGAACCCCCUCACCGGGGCCUUCUCCUGCCCCAGCUCCUACAGCCCGGUGCUGCUGGGCGUGCAGGAGCGGGAGGAGGGCCACAGCCACCUGGAGUGCCACAACAAGUGCACCCUGGGCAUCUUCUGCCGCCGCCGGUGCCAGGACGUCUUCUGGCUCUCGCGGGUGCAGUUCAGCGCCUACUGGUGCGCCGCCAGCGGGCCGGCGGCUCCCGGCUCGGGGUACCUCUUCGGGGGGCUGUUCAGCACCCGCAGCGCCAACCCCCUCACCGGAGCCCAGUCCUGCCCCUCGGGGUACUUCCCGCUGAAGCUCUUCGGCGAGCUCAGCGUGUGCGUGAGCCAGGAUUACGAGGAGGGGGCCGCCUACGCGGUGCCCUUCGGGGGCUUCUUCAGCUGCCAGGCCGGGAACCCGCUGGCUGGGCAGCACCGGGGCACGGCCGAGGACCCCCUCACCAAGGGCUGUCCCCCGGGCUUCAGCCAGCACCUGGCGCUCAUCAGCGACAGCUGCCAGGUGCAGUUCUGCGUGCGGGCCGGGCUGCUCAGCGGGGGCUCGCUCCCGCCCGCCCGCCUGCCGCCCUUCACCCGGCCCCCCGCCAACCUGCCGGCCGUGGACACGCUGCUGGUGCGGGACGGGGACAGCACCUGGGUCAGGGACGGCCAGAGCCGCGUCUGGCGCCUGGCGCGGCCCGAGGACGCCCAGCACGUGGCCGAAAUGGACCGGGGCCGGGGGCUGUCCGGGGCAGACCCCCCCCCCCCCCCCGUGGCCGUGCUGGCGGGGCUGGUCACCCUCCUGGGCACAGCCUGGUACGGCCACCGGCGCUACCGGGCCAGGGGGUACCGAGCGCUGGGCACGGGGGACAGCCCGGCCCCCGCCAGCCCCGAGCACAGCACCGUGCUGAGCGUGGGCGAGGGCUACCAGCAAGAGGGAACAGAGGGGACGGUGCCCUGAGCGCCCCAAAUCCCCAAACCCGAGGGAGGAGGGAGCGGAGGGGCCCCCGGGGAGGGUUAUCUCCCAAAUCCUGCAUGCUGCAAGCUACAAACCCCUGUCUCCAUGUAUAUCUAUCGGGAUAGAUAUACACACGCAUGCAGAGAGGCACGGAGCAGUUUUAUUUCAGCCAGCAACUCAUCGUGUAGUCAACAGAGCAUUAAAAAAAGGAAAAAAAGAGUCACGUUGUGGAAAGACUUACUCACAGUAAGAGCCAUCGGGCUGGCACAGCGGAGGGUGCGGGACCCUCCCCCUUCUUGCCCAGAGGGUUUUGCAUAGCUCCAGACAGGCUUUGUCUGCACCGGGGAAAACCCAGGGCGUGCGUGGAGGAGAAAUCACACCGCUGAGAGCCACCCAAACAGGGCGUGUGCCUGGGGAAAGAGGGUUUCUCCCUUGAGGUAGAAGAUAACAACCCACGCUGAGGGCGGCUGGGCACAGAUGGGUGCAAAGGGACAUCAGGGGGGCUCGGGGUGCCUGGCCCUGCCCGCAGCGCCCCUGGCUCGCCUGGCCACACAGGUGACUGACAGAAGACAACGGAGAGGCCAGGCCGUGCAGGGACCGCCGGAGUCCCCUGCCAUCCGCUUUAUUGACCCCCAGCCCCUCCACGGGGUGGCCGCGGGGGUGACGGACCCUCCAGGCCACGGAGAGGAAAAACAGCAACGACAACAGAACGAUGCACAGCAGGAUGGGCCCCCC